AUGGAUCUGUUUAAGGGAAGACAGCGGCAGUUGGAGGACCUGAAGGAAAGGUUCCAAAAAAGCAUUGUAGUAGACGUACAUGGAAUAAGAGGAGUUGGAAAGACUGCCUUAGUGAGAGAGUUUUGUAAAAGAAUUACAUGGAAAGUGAUUUGGGUAGAUCUUCGAAAUAUCAAAAACACGGAUGAAAUGACACAAGCAAUAAUGCGACAAAUUUCUUCCGACAACAGUUUGGCAGAAGAAACAGAGGAGGAUAAACUUAUACAUCUACUAGAAAAUAUCGCCCUGGAAGACAAAGAAAACGAUUUAUUGGUAGUUUUUGAUGACGCUGACGAUGUUUUGAGUCAAAGUGCAAUUGCACUGGAUUUGUUGAUUUCACUGUCACAUUUACAGAACACAAAGAUUUUGCUGACAUCGUCAGUUAACAUGACGACACUUUUCCCAGAAGUUUUAUCAUUUGAUGAGUUGUUUGUAGGUCCUCUUAGUUUACUUGAGGGGAAGGAAUUACUGAGAAGCAUCUGCCCUUCCAUAAAAGACGAAGAAAGGAUUGAAAAAAUUGUUCAACUUUGCGGAGGAAUUCCGUUAGGAAUCUUAGUAGCCGGAGGAGAGUUAGCAGAUGAAAAGAAUGCUAUUGGAGUUGAUGAUAUCAUUUGUUUGCUCAGUGAUGCUAAACUGAGACUGAAAUUCUUAAGUUUAGAUAGUUAUACAGUAGAAGAGCAAAUUGGACCAGUACUAAAGAGGAGCCUUGAAAGUCUGUCUAAAGUAUCCAAAGAGCUAGAGGACAAUCUGGCUAUGAUUAAUUACAUUCCUGGAUCGUUUGACGAAAAUGAAGCUGUUGAAGUCGUUGGUGGUCCAGAAGAAGAAUCAAAGCGAGCACUAUCGAUUCUCUGUUAUCGCAAUUUGGUAUCACAGGAUCUACAUUUAAAGAGGUUCAACAUUCACGAUUUGUUGCGGGAAUGUAUCAAUGAGUACAUUAUGAUAAAGGACAUACCUGGUGUUCGUGCCCGAUUUUCGAAGACCUUUGCAAACAUUUUGAAGAAGAUACAAGAAAAAACAUACACAAAGGACUAUGCUGAUGCUCUAUGCAGACUGAAUUUGGAACAACAAAACUUUAACAAAUUGUUUACUGAAGUCAUUUACUGCACAGAGGAUACUUACUAUGUAUUUGUGGACUUAGCAGCAACUAGCAUUCCUAACGGAAACAUGAUGUUCACAACAAUGACGACAUACGAUAUUGGAAUAAAGUUUUAUGAGGAAUGCUUGAAGAAAACACAGGAGUUCAAAAAUGAUAUCGAUACUUCUAAAGUACUGACAGGAUACGGUAAAGUCCUGAACAACAUUAAGGGAGAUUAUCUACAUGCAGGUAAAAUAUUCCGUCGAGCUAUUGAAAUUCGAAGUCGUCAUCCCGAAAUUCGUGAUCAAUUUCUUGCCAUUCUAUGUCAAAGCUAUGGAUGGAAUCUUAUGUCAGAAGGGAAACAUAAAGAUGCUACAGGGCACCUUGAAAUGGCAUUUGAAAUAGAGCAAGAGUUGGGGCUUCGCUUUGAACCAUUGAUCCUUGAAACCAUGCAGUCAUUGGCAAUAUGCUAUAACCAAUCAGAAAAAGUUUGGAAAGGUGAACCGUUACAGUUAGAAGUCCUAAAGCGUAGACUUCAUAGUCUUGGUACAGAAAUGCAUCCUAUCAUUGGAUCUGUUAUGAACAAUAUGGGAAUUAUGUAUCAAAGAAAGGGAGAAAAUCAAAAGGCCCUGGAAUAUUACAGAAAAGGACUUCUUAUCAAAACGGAGACUAAGGCCUCUGUGAAAGCAAUCGUUAUUUCUGAAGUGAACGUUGCCCAAACAUUGCUAGAUUGUAAGCAACCCCGAGAAGCAUUGGAAAUGCUGGAUAAUAGCUUGAAGCGGUUCAAAAAUAUACCGUCUCUUUACAACGAUAAAAUGUCUCUGAUCUGGAGUGCAAAGGGCAAAGUAUACAUGAGAACACAAAAUCACAAAGAGGCAUAUCUUGCUUUCAAAAAAGCAAUACGUCUACGGAAAGAAAGUUCUGUGAAUGAUAUAUCUAUCCUAAAAACAAUUUGUUUUUACGCAGAAGUUGCCAUUGCCUUAAAUAAACUGCAGGAGGCUAUAAAAGAAAUAAACUGGGGACUUCAAUUAAAAGAGGAUUUGUUGAGAAACAAUCCCACAAUAGUUUGGAUCAUACGAGGCUACGAGUUGUUGAUGGAUGCGUAUUUUGAGUCAAGGAGUAAAGUGGAUGUUAUGAGAACAUUCGAAGCUGGCGUGAGAGAGUUGCAACGCUUGAUCAAUGUGUAUGAAGAUCUGAGAGACUUUCCUAGACGUGAAGAAAUGGAGCAACAUUUAAGGAAAUUUAGGGCCACAUACAAAAGCAUGAUGGCAAAAUUAAAAACGAAAAUAACCGAAGAAUUAUGUCUGAUUGACGAUGUAGUUCUUUAUUGUUUAUAUAUAGUAAAGUUACUAUGUGCUCUGAAUUUUAUAUAUUGCAUCAAGACAAAGUAAACACAAAUUUGUUUGAUAUAACAAAUUUAAAGCAGAUGAAAAUUCAGGGUGCUCAAAAGAAUUAAAUUAUUGGAUAAGGUAACUUGGCGUUAUGUCUUAAAUGCCUUAUGACACUAGACUUUUGCUAACGACUUUAGUCAAUUGCUUGUAUAUUGCACUUGGAUAAAAGUGUUCUUUUUUCAGAGCUAAGUAGCGUAUAAAUACUCCCACAGGCAUAUUUUCACUGUAUUCUGUACAAAUGGAUCAUUGAUUAUUUUUGUUAUCCAAAUCUAGUAUUUCUGUGUGACAUGACUUUAUUAAUCAAGUUUGAGACAGUAUGCGUUAAAAAAGAAAUCAUAUGAUAAACACAUCAUAUGAUAAAUAAUAAUAAUGAAUGAUAAAAAAUAAUAAAAAUAUGCAAUUUUUUUCAUUAUUUCAUAA